AUGCCAACCACGCUUGAGUCCCUCCCAGUUGAGCUUAUUGCUACGAUUCUUGGCAACUUAGACCUCGAGUCGCUAGUCAAAGUGUCGAAUCUGUCUCGGAGACUAAGACAUGUUGCUUCAGACUCGACUUUGAACCCCUGGAAACCCCCGAUUACCCAAAACCUGGCUAGUGGCAGCUACGAACGAAGUUUCUACCACCUCAGUCUUCGUUCAAUCGUACCCAGAAGUAAUUGGAUCGAUAUCCUUACGCUUGCACCACCAGGUUUCAUACUUUUUGAAUCAUCCCUUCCGAACUUGAAGGCUUCUGAGUGGGAAGAAUGCUCUCGCAAACGAUUCAUUCCUGGAUGGUUGAAGUGGAAGAAGGAUAAUACUUGGAGGGAGUUUUAUAUUAAAAUGUUGUAUCGUGUCUGGCACAGGACUUACACGACCUGCACUACGGAUGAAGCUUGGACUAAAUAUAUAGUGCUCAAUCGCAAUGGUUCAGUCAACGAACUGGAAUCAUCCUCACGGGGCUUUAGUCCCAUGGCCAUAUUUGCCGAGAUGCGAUAUCAAAGUAACCUUUCACAUCUGUCACCUACAAUAAGAGUGGUCGCCACGUUUACUGAUGUGCGGGUCAUCGCGAUCGGAGUUCUUCACAUGCCUCGGUCGCCGUUGAUUGUAAAUCGCAAUGCGCACGCUUUACUCCAUCCUCCCGGUAUCGAGGUCACUGAUACCCUUGGAGUGAACUUGAAAGGUAAUAACCGGGCAUUGCAUGACUCCCCUUAUGGAGAUGACCAUAUUCUUGCUCCAUUUGUGAUACAUUAUUUCUUAGCAGGUUCGCGUCUAUACAACAAGCUCACACAUCCCUUACCUGCGGAAUCCCAUCGAAAUUAUCCGUUAUAUACUCCCGGUGGGGGAGAUAGACGAUGGAGAUCUCUUGAUGAAGAAGGGCAGCAGUGGAUGGGCGGUUUAAUGGUAAUCGUCCAGCUGAUUAGACCAAGGGCAAUCAUAGGGUAUGAGCAAGACGAAUUUGAGUUUGCGGGUAGUUGGAAUCAGUUUGCCUCGUUCACCUGGCAUGACCUACUAACAAUAGCACCAUGGAUGAAAGAGAGGGUGACCAAAAUUAUUGAUGGUCCCGGUCUCGGAAUAUAA